AUGUAUUAUGCCAAAGCAUUGGCUUUAAAUGCCAACGAUUACCCAAUCGAUGACUACUUAGCGGUGAAAAACUCGCGUAACUUCACGGGGAAAGUGGUGUUAGUGACCGGAAGUAGUUCAGGCAUAGGGGAGGGUAUUGUCAAACUGUUUUCAGUAUUGGGGGCUAAAGUGGUGGUCACCGGUAGGAAAGAGGCAGAAGUCCAUAAAGUGGCUCAAGAGGUGCAACAGUUAUCACCCGACAAACUGAAGCCUUUAGAAGUGACGGCAGAUCUGACCAAAAGGGAAGACGUCGAGAGACUUAUCAAUGAAACCAUCAAAAUGUUUGGACAGUUGGAUGUGUUGGUCAACAACGCGGGGAUAUACCCCACAUCUGACAUUCACGACAAGAAUAUCACCGAUGAGUUUGAUUUGGUGUUUAACAUCGACUUAAGGGCUGUCGUGCAGACCAUUCACACGGCUGUCCCAUACCUCGAGAAGACUAACGGCACUAUUAUUGAU